AUGAAUAAAUUUAUCCUUUUGAGUAUUAUCAUGCUCAUGCCUCUCUGUUUUGCUCAAGAUAUAAGUGUAGAAAAACUUCUUGCUUAUAAUAAAUGGUCAAGCUAACAUCAAAGAGUUUAUCUGAAUGAACAUGAAAAACUAUUUAGACAAAUGGUUUUCUUUGAGAACAUGUAAAAGAUUUAGGAACAUAACAGUGAUCCUAAUAACACCUAUUCUACCCAUUUAAACUAAUUCUCAGAUAUGACUAAAGAAGAAUUUGUAGAAAAAAUUCUUAUGAAAUAGGAUUUGGUUGACCAUUUUAUGAAAGGAAUCAAUUAAGAGACAACUCAUAGUGAUUCUAAUAAUAAGGAAACUUAAUUGAAUUCAAAAAGCCUUACUUUAGCUGAUUCAAUAGACUGGAGAACAAAAGGUGCUGUAACAUCAGUUAAAAAUUAAGGUGAUUGUGGUUCAUGCUGGACUUUCUCUGCAGCUGGCUUAAUGGAGUCAUUUAACUUCAUUAAAAACAAUGUUUUAGUUGAUUUUUCUGAGUAAUAACUGCUUGACUGUGUCUACUUUACAAGGGGUUACAACUCUUAUGGAUGUUCUGGAGGAUGGCCUGAUUAAUGUCUGAAUUAUGCCUCCAAAAUAGGUAUCACUACCCUAGACAAGUAUCCCUAUGUUGGAGUUAUGACCAAUUGUAGAGGGAGUGGUACAAAUAAUGGCUUUAAGCCUAAAAGCUGGAUUUAAAUUCCUAACACUUCUAAUGACUUAAAAAGUGCUUUGAAUUUCUCUCCUGUUUCUGUUCUUGUUGAUGCUUCCACUUUGGGUAUUUAUAAAUCUGGAAUUUUCAACGGAUGUGAUUAAUCUAAUAUUAGUCUUAAUCACGCUGUAUUAGCUGUUGGCUAUGACUAACAAGGAAACUGGAUUAUUAAAAAUUCUUGGGGCACCUAAUGGGGUGAGAAUGGCUAUAUGAGACUUGCUGCUAACAAUACAUGCGGUAUCUUAAGCUAUAAUUUUUAAAUUACUGCUUGA